UUCAGCAUCUCCCCCCCAUCCAGCGAGCAAGUAAUGUCACCCUCGUCCACAAAUACACAAUUCGUUCGCCAAGACGGCGGACAUCCCAAGGCCGUAACCACAACGAUGACAUACAUGCCGGUCCAGAACCCCUCAAUCUGUCGUCGCUUACGUCAGAUCCUGCCCCAGUUCCCAUUGGCCACAUGUGUUUCCAAUGACGCCUACACGCGAGCGUCUUUUAAGCUACCCACAGCCGGAACUGCAGACGAGCCAGUCAGACAUGGGGCCCUCGAAUGCAGCGGCCACGAUUCUGGCGCUCUGCAGCACUUUAUGGUGCGUGCAAAGAGUCAACCUGUCUAAGCACCCGACAGUGAGAGCGUACCUGACGCCGGACGCUGCGUUGUCUGCGACCUUAUGGCAGGCCCUGGCGUCGGAAGCGCCAACGAGACUCGCCGUCGUCCUAAGGGACGCCCCUGUGCGCCCGAGGUUCAGCGAAGAACAGGCGCUCUUCGAAAUCGAGUUUUCCGGCACGGGAAUCGGCCUGCGGCUAGCGCUCGAGAAGACAAGGUCAAAAUUGAAGCUCGAGACGACUGGUGACGGCGACGAUAGCAGACGGCACAGCGACGUCCAUGGUAUGCCACGAGAGGUCGUCGUGCACUUUGCAUCGGCCAAGGACGACCAGACAGAAGUUAGUGUAUUCCUCGAUUGUCAGCUUCAAGAAGACCUGUCCAUUGCUCUGCCGCUACGUCAAACAGCGAGAGACGCUUCGGGGCUUCGAGUGCUUCGAGACAAACGGAUCGAGGUGCUCACCAUGGAUAACACUUCACUCGCUGACGCACUGCGGUAUUCGGACUGCAGAUCGAAACCAUCCACAGACGCCAAUGAGUUCGUGCAAGACUCCGUGAUCCAUUCGUACGAGCGGAGUGCGGUCAGAAGACUAGUCGAGCUCAUAACCAUUCUGCAAGAACUGAAGAAGACUGUUGAAAUUCAGACGGAGAGUAUCGUUUUCUUAUCCGAGACACUAUCUCGGUGCGACCUCUGCCGUAGCAACGGCGGACCGAACGUCGACAUACCGACUUGCGCCGAUGAUCCUUGCUUUCCUGGAGUGCCUUGCAGAGACAACGAGAACGGAUUCCAAUGCGGCAGUUGCCCUCCGGGUUACGUCGGCAAUGGAGUCCACUGUCACCUUGAAGAUCCUUGUUCGAGCAAUCCUUGCUUCCCCGGAGUUUCGUGUCAUAAGACAUCUUCUGGCUACAGAUGCGGACCGUGUCCAGCAGGUUACCAUGGCAACGGUUCUUACUGCGUGGAUGUGGACGAGUGUGCUCAUGCUAGGCCGUGUCACAGGGACGUGCAGUGCAUCAAUGAGUCUCCUGGAUUCCGUUGCGGGCAGUGUCCGAAAGGAUACACGGGACCGAGCCUACAUGGGGUUGGGCUUGAAUUUGCACGUUCUGCAAGACAGGUCUGCCACGACGUCAACGAAUGCGAAGACGGCAACAACGGCGGCUGCGUGCCCUACUCUCAGUGCAUCAACACCCCGGGCUCGCGCAUCUGCGGCGAGUGCAGCGAGGGCUACGUCGGCAACCAGACGGCUGGCUGUCAACCCCGUCCGGGCACAUGCGCAGACGGCACGGUCUGUGACAGCCACGCUAUCUGCUUCCUGCGACGCGGAGCUUCAAGGUACUCCUGUACGUGUGCCGUCGGGUGGGCGGGAGACGGCAAACACUGUGGUCCAGACCGCGACCUGGACGGCUGGCCUGACAACGACGUGCCUUUCUGUUCUCAUCCGCACUGCAAGAAAGACAACUGUCCGAGGACGCCCAACAGCGGACAGGAGGAUGCAGACUACGACGGCAUCGGCGACGCCUGUGACGAAGACGCUGACGGUGACGGAGUUCCCAACAACCCCGACAACUGCCCUCUGGUCCAUAACCCGAACCAGCUCGACACUGACAUCGACGGUCCGGACCAUUUGGGAGAUGCCUGUGACAACUGUCCGACCAUUCCCAAUGCGGACCAGUUGGACUCGGAUGGAGAUGGACUGGGCGAUAAGUGUGACCCCGAUGCCGAUGAUGACCGGGUACCGAAUUCGUCGGACAACUGCCCGCUGACGCCGAAUACUGAUCAGCUUGACAUCGACUCCGACGGUUUCGGCGACGUGUGCGACAACUGUCCUUUCAUGUGGAACCCUGAUCAGAACGACACCGAUAGAGACCUCGUAGGGGACGCCUGCGAGAGCACAUCCGACCGCGACCUCGACGGCAUCCAGGACAAUAUCGACAACUGUCCAGACGACGCCAACAGCGACCAGCUCGACACAGACGAAGACGGCAAAGGAGAUGCCUGCGAUUUCGAUAAGGAUAACGACGAGGUUCCAGACGCUGUUGAUAACUGCGCUCUGGUGUAUAACCCCGACCAACGCGACACAAACCGCACUGGAGUCGGCGACGAAUGCAGAAACGACAUCGAUGGCGACGGCGUACCGGAUGACGUCGACGUAUGCCCGGACAACAGGAAGGUUUACGCGACGGACUUCCGGGCGUACCAGACGGUCGUCCUCGAUCCCGAAGGCGAUUCCCAGAUAGACCCGCACUGGGUGGUGUACAGUAAGGGCGUCGAGAUCGUGCAAACCAUGAACUCCGAUCCAGGACUGGCAGUCGGCUACCACAGGUUUGGGGGAGUCGACUUCGAAGGAACGUUCUUCGUGGACACUGAGGUGGAUGAUGACUAUGUCGGUUUCGUAUUCGGCUACCAGGACAAUUCCCACUUUUACGCAGUGAUGUGGAAGAAGAACACGCAGACUUAUUGGCAGGCAACGCCCUUUAGGGCAGUUGCUGAACCUGGAAUUCAACUGAAGGUGGUCUCGUCCAAGACGGGGCCGGGACAGAUGCUGAGGAACUCAUUAUGGCAUACGGGUGACACUGAGGACCAGGUCCGUCUUCUGUGGAGAGACCCUCGAAACGUGGGCUGGAAAGAGAAAGUUGCCUACCGGUGGCUUCUACUGCAUCGGCCUCACAUCAACCUGAUUCGAUUAAGGAUCUUCGAAGGCGAAAGCAUGGUGGCAGACUCUGGAAACAUCUACGACGGAACUCUACUCGGCGGACGGUUGGGAGUAUUCUGCUUUUCGCAGGAGGCGAUAAUCUGGUCGGAUCUGGUAUACCGUUGCAACGACGCUGUUCCUGACGCUGCCUACGAGGGCCUGCCCCCGCACUUGCGAGCCAAGGUGGAACGUGACAACGUCCGACCUGUCGACGUCCUCUGAAUGACGCUUCGACCCUUGGAGCAAAGCGCACAGACGUCCUCGAAUAAAGGCCACUACCGUG